GAUCUGGGGCUGCGACCCAGGAAGUGUUUGUUUCUGGUGCCGCACGUGGGUGCCAGCCCGACCGGCGGCCCCUUUCCCGUCUCGGGCAGGGUCCCUGCUCCUGGCGCUGCCCGCCCGCCCCCGCCAUGGGCAAAGCUCGCAAGAGGCACAACUGGAAGGCGCGGCUGCCGGGGAGCCCCGGGGGGCUGCAGCCGCCCGCCCCAGAGCCUGUGCAGCUGGAGCUGGGAGAUGAGGCAAAGCUGAAAGGAGUGGAUGAAAGUAAUGCCCUGGUCCUGCCAGCUAAAAAGACAAAGACGAAAAAAGUAGCUUGUGACACGCAACGAGAGAAGAAGCCCCUGAGCAAAAAACAGAGGAAAAUCUUGCAGAAAGUUUUAGAGCAGAAAGAGAAGAAAAAUCAGCGAGCUGAAUUGCUAAGUAAGUUAAAUGAGGUCCAGGCUUCUGAGGCUGAAAUGAAACUUCUGUACACCACUUCCAAGUUGGGUAUUGGAGAACGCAUGUACCAGACCAAACGGACAGUACAAGAAGCAGGCACCACGUGUCCGGAGAAGAUUAGUAGCAUCAGUGGUGCAAAUAAAAAAAGGCGCAGACUAGAUAUGGAACUGGAGGCUGAAAAGAAGACUGAAUCCUCUGAUAAUUCUGAUGAGGAUGAAGAGGAAGAGCAUAAAGAAGCAAUUGAAAAGACAGCCACUGACAACUUUAACUUUGGAAAGGUGGAAGAAUGCAUUAAGAAGCCAUUGAAUAGCGAUCAGGCUCUUCCUAGCACGCCAGCUCUUCAAAAAGCUUUUCAUAAGCCAUCUUCCAAGCCUGCAGUUUUCAUCCCAGUGGACAGGUCACCUGAGAUACAGGAAGCGAGACUAAAGCUUCCUAUCCUCGCUGAAGAACAAGUUAUCAUGGAAGCUAUUAACGAGAAUCCUGUUGUCAUCAUAUGCGGAGAAACUGGGAGUGGUAAAACCACUCAAGUGCCUCAGUUUCUGUAUGAAGCAGGCUAUGCCAGUUCCGAUGGCAUCAUUGGAAUCACAGAGCCUCGGCGUGUAGCCGCAGUGUCUAUGUCUCAUCGGGUUGCUAAGGAAAUGAAUCUUUCACACAGGGUAGUUUCAUAUCAAAUACGUUAUGAAGGAAACGUUACAGAUGAAACCAAAAUUAAGUUCAUGACGGAUGGUGUGCUAUUGAAAGAAAUUCAGAAGGACUUCUUGCUUUUGAAGUACAAAGUGAUCAUUAUUGAUGAAGCCCAUGAAAGAAGUGUGUACACAGAUAUCCUGAUUGGCCUCCUAUCUCGCAUCGUGCCCCUUCGUGGAAAGAAAGGGCAGCCUAUGAAGCUAAUCAUUAUGUCUGCCACCCUUCGUGUUGAAGACUUCACUGAUAACCAGAAACUCUUUCCUGCUGUUCCUCCAGCUAUACAGGUAGAUGCAAGGCAAUUCCCUGUGACUGUUCAUUUUAAUAAGAGGACUCCAGUAGAUGACUACAAUGGGGAAUGCUUUAGAAAAGUCUGUAAAAUCCACCGAAUGUUACCUGCAGGAGGGAUUUUGGUGUUCUUAACAGGCCAAGCAGAAGUAAACUCGCUCUGUAGAAGACUAAGAAAAGCCUUUCCAUUCCAUAAAAAUAAAACUGAAGGAGAUGAAGAGAAGGAAGAAUCAGUCGAAGAAACCAGGAAAUUUAAGAAAUCCAAACAGAAGAAAACUAUGCCAUUACCCAAAAUCGAUCUGAACAGUUACUCCGUUUUGCCAGUGGACGAAGGUGAUGAGGACAGAGAAGCUGAAAUGGAUGAUGAUGAGGAUGCUGUGGGCUCUGACAUUGACCUAGAUUUGGGGGAUGAUGGACUAGAAGAAGGUGAGAAGUCCAAUUCUUCCCUUCCACUCUACGUGCUCCCACUCUACUCUUUACUAGCACCAGAAAAGCAAGCCAAGGUGUUCCGACCUCCUCCUCUUGGAACAAGACUGUGUGUUGUCGCAACCAACGUGGCUGAGACAUCUCUCACUAUCCCCAGCAUUAAAUACGUGGUUGACUGCGGGAAAGUCAAGAAACGCUUCUAUGACAAAGUUACUGGGGUUUCGUCUUUCAGAGUCACCUGGACGUCUCAAGCAUCUGCAAACCAGCGGGCAGGACGAGCUGGCCGCACGGAGCCAGGGCACUGUUACAGGCUCUAUUCAUCUGCAGUUUUCAGUGACUUUGAGAAAUUUUCUCCUCCGGAAAUUACAAGGCGACCUGUGGAAGACUUGAUUCUACAGAUGAAAGCGUUAAACAUUGAAAAGGUGAUCAACUUCCCUUUUCCAACCCCGCCUCCAACAGAGGCACUUGCAGCUGCUGAAGAGCUACUGAUAGCGCUUGGAGCCCUGCAGGAGCCACCCAAGACAGGAAGGCUGAAAGAUCUGCAGAUAGCAAAGCUGAGCUGUCCAAUUAGUCCCUUGGGCAUGACCAUGGCGUCCUUUCCUGUGGCCCCACGCUACGCUAAGAUGCUUGCUUUAAGUAAACAGCACGACUGCCUGCCGUAUGCCAUUACCAUAGUGUCGGCAAUGACCGUUCGAGAGCUCUUUGAGGAGUUUGAGAGACCAGCUGUAAGUGAAGAAGAGACGGAGAAGCUCAAGGGGAAGAAAGCAAGAGUUAUACAGAUGCGAAGGAUCUGGGCUGGACAAGGGCCUUUUCAAAAACUAGGAGACCUCAUGGUGAUGUUAGGAGCUGUGGGGGCCUGUGAGUAUGCAGGGUGUACUCCUAAAUUCUGUGAAGCAAAUGGGCUGCGAUACAAAGCGAUGGUGGAAAUCAGGCGCUUACGGGGGCAGCUGACGACAGCAGUGAAUUCAGUCUGCCCCGAUGCUGGCCUCUUCGUUGAUCCAAAAAUGAAGCCUCCCACAGAGACCCAGGUGACCUAUUUGAGACAGAUAGUGUUGGCGGGGCUAGGGGAUCAUAUUGCCCGAAGGAUCCAGGCGGAGGAACUUCUGGAUGAGAAAUGGAAAAAUGCCUACAAGACUCCUCUGCUGGAUGACCCUGUCUUUAUCCACCCGAAUUCUGUCCUCUUCAAACAACUCCCAGAGUUUGUGGUGUAUCAAGAAAUUGUUGAAACUACUCAAAUGUACAUGAAAGGUGUUUCGGCCGUUGAAUCUGAAUGGAUCCCAGUCCUGCUACCUCCGUACUGUCACUUUGGGAAACCUUUGGAAAAUCCUCCUCCAUUUUAUUGCCCUGAAACAGGCAGAAUAAGAUGCCACAGACCAAGUGUUUUCUAUCGAGUAGGCUGGCAGCUUCCAGCAGUGGAGGUAGAUUACCCAGAGGGUAUCGAUCGCUACAAAUACUUUGCCAAAUUUUUACUGGAAGGAAAGAUUGUUAAACAGCUGGGCUCUUAUAAGCGUUGUUUGCUGUCCAGUCCGCUCACAAUGCUGAAGACAUGGUCCAAGCUUCAGCCCCGGACAGAAAUCUUGCUGAAGGCUCUUGUUUCAGAAAAUGCUGAUAGUCAUGAUGCUUUGCUGGCUGCAUGGAAAAAAAAUCCCAAGUACUUGCUGUCUGCAUAUUGCCAGUGGAUCCCCGAAGUUAUGCACGAUGAUGUAGCCAAACGCUGGCCACCUGUGACAUUGUGAAUUGUCAAGAUUUCCCUUCUACAGAUAAUCCCUAUCUCACAGACCUCUCCAGAACUCCCUUUUUCUAGGAAGACUCGGAAGCAAAAGGAAAGUCCAUAUUUGGUGGGAGAGACUGAUUUACUAAUGGAGGACAGCUUACCAGCCUGUUUUGCUAGGGUGUUUUGUAAUAUUUAUUAUCUCUUGGGUAAUUUUAUCCAUUGUAUUUAAUUGAUUUUUCUUAAAAGCUUCUUUUUAGACUAUAUUAGUCAAUUGGACUACAGCAGAUAUGUAGAGUACUUGACUUGAGCAAGUAAAGGGGUUUGUAUGUGACCGUGGUAUGCUGUAGCUUAAAAAAAAACAAAAAAUCUCUCUAGUGUUCCUGAUCAUCCAGAAUGAACGCCUCAUAUGCACACCUGAAGUUCAAGACACAUGAGUAUAUAGCCCCUUCAUGUUCCAGUAUUCCUUUUGUCAUUUGAAUUCACCAUAGAACCAGGAUAGCCAUAAACCUCCCACCUUCAAGCCACUUUUUCUUUUCCUUUUUUAAAUUCCUUUCCUGUCUCAUCACUUUCUCCAACUGUUUUUUUUUUCUGCAACUUCCCUCUGCAAUCAGCCUGCCUGUGUCUAGCCCCAGUGGGGAAAGAAUUCCAAGACUACUGUCCUGCUAGACAACACACCCAAAAACCCAAUUGGUGCUGGUCAUAUUUCAUUUGGUCGGCAAAUGCUGUAUGAUUAUUUAUAUUGUCAGUUUGUACAGUGGAAAACUCUUUUUGAAAAGUAAGAGGGCAAAGGGGGAAUAGAGUAUGUGAGAGAUGCCUUAGGUUAUUUUACAGAAAUAAUCUUUAAUAUAGAAAGUGAGCCUGACUAAAGCGUCAUAAAAAGGUAUCAUGAUUUCCUUGCAUAGGCAAGUCAGCAUCCCAAACUAAACUGGAGGUGUAUUUAAAUGUGGAAAAAGCUGAUGCAGCUUUGUUUGGGGUCUGACUGUUCAGUGUGUCUCUCUAGAAAUGUGGUGAGCUAUUGUGUAUAAAAUAGGGGGGGUUUAGCCUUACUAGAGACCUGCAGUUAUUGAAAUAGGGCCAUAAAUCGCUAUUUGAAACUGUUUAUACAUUGUAAAAAAAAUGUAAAAAUUGUUUAUAUUUUGGGAGGGGAUUUUGUGAAUUAAAACUGUUGUCUAUUUCUUUUA